UAAUGUUUAGAUUCCACCGUAUUCCAAAAUAUCUUCUCUCCUUACAUGAGUAUUAAACAGCUGAAUUUUUCAAAUCCUUUCAAUUACCAAUACCUCCUGGAAGGAUUUGUAAGAGUGCAGAGGAAGCAUACAAAGCAGCAAUUAAAAUUAUAUAGGAAGGAGCUGAAAAGAAUUCAUUCACAGAUGUAGUUGUGAAGGCACAAGUACAUACUGGAGGUAGAGGUAAAGGAUACUUUAAAGAGAAUGGAUUUAAUAGUGUAUUAAUGAACAUAUAAAUAGGGAAUACAUAUAGCUUCUACUCCUGAAGAUGUGAGAGAUUAUGCAUCAAAAAUGUUAGGAAAUACCUUGAUAACUAAGUAAACAGGAAGUUUGGGAAAGAAAUGCGAGAUGGUUUAUGUAGUGGAACGUAAUUUUUUAAGAAAGGAACUAUAUUUAUCAAUACUAUUAGACAGAAAUACAGGUGGAUUAGGAAUUGUAGCAUCAGAAAAAGGAGGUAUUCAUAUAGAAGAGAGUGAUCCAAAUUAUAUUAAGAAGUUUUCAAUAGAAAUGCCAAAUACAGUUGAAGAUAUUGAUUCAUCUAUUUAUGAGAGUGUUUCUAAGGUGUACAAAUUAAAUCCAAUUUAAAAAAAUUAAAUGAAUGAUGUAACUAAUCUAUUAAUUUGAUUAAGAUUUUAAGACAUAUGUUUGAUAUCUUUUUAUAAACUGAUGCAACAUUAUUAGAAAUUAAUCCACUUGGUAUUGAUUUAUAAGGUAAUUUGAUCAUUUGUGAUCAAAAAUUAAAUAUUGAUGAUAAUGCAUAAUUUAGAUAACAUGCUAUAUUUCAUAUGGAAGAUGUUAGAUAAAAGGAUUGGAAAGAAGUUGAAGCUUAAAAACAUGGCUUAAAUUAUAUUGCAUUAGAUGGAAAUAUUGGAUGUAUGGUAAAUGGAGCAGGAUUAGCUAUGGCUACAAUGGAUUUAAUUAAAUAAUAUGAUGGAUCUCCAGCUAAUUUUUUAGAUGUAGGAGGUAAAGCUACUGAUUAAGAAAUUGUUUCUGCUUUAAAAAUUAUGGACAAAGAUCCAAAUGUAGAAGCAAUUUUAGUUAAUAUAUUUGCUGGUAUUGCAAGGUAUCUAAAAUAAUAUUAUUAUUUUAAGAUGUGAUCAAAUUGUUUUAGGUUUACUAAAAGGAUUAACUGUAUUGGGAAUGAAAAAACCUAUGGUGUUAAGAAUGAAAGGAACAAAAGUUGAAGAGGCUAAGAAAUUAAUUGAAGAGUCUGGAUUUAAUAUGAUGUUUACAGAAGAUUUAGAUGAAGCUGCUAAGAAAGCAGUAAGAAUGGCAGCAAUUUUGAGAUUGGCCAAAGAGGCUAAUAUUAAUGUGAAUUUAACAAGUUGA